GUUUCUUAUCGUAUAUGGCUGACUUGGAACUAUCGAGUUUAACACGGAUUCCUAAAAUCGAGCUGCAUGCCCACCUUAACGGUUGUGUACGGUUAUCUCACCUGCAAGACUUAGUUGAGGACAGCAGCACCCUUCCCUCCCGUCCUGGUGCUAAUGCCACGCCCCGCCAAUACUUCCAGUUCAUGUCAGCUGUUGGUCACGUGACAGGUAGUUCUCCACACAAUCUCCGGGUGGUUCUGCGGAGGGUUCUGGAGGAUUUCGAGGCAGACGGUGUUGUGUACCUUGAGCUGAGGUCCUCUCCCAAACACACCGGCUCCAUGAGUAAGGUGGAGUAUGUGGAAACUAUUCUGGAAACUAUGUGUGAGUACCAGGGUGAGAUGGUUGUUAGAUAUUUGGUCAGUGUGGACCAGUCCAAAUCUUUAGCGGAAAUGAACGAGAAUGCUGAUCUUGCCAUACAUUACGCAGCUACUUCACCCUUGGUUGUAGGGUUGGAUCUAUGUGGUGACUUUUACAGUGCUAGCAAGGAACACUCUAUGGCAGUGCUGCAACGCUGCAAGAAUGCAGGACUAAAGAUAGCGUGCCACAUCGCUGAAGAUCCAACUACUCUAGACCAUACUGCUGAUAUGUUACGAAUUAUUGGUCCUGACAGACUGGGACACGCUACCCUUAUAUUGCCUGACAGCGAGGAUGGGAAGUUUGUGAAGGAGAAUAAUUUGUUAAUUGAGUGUUGCAUGACAUCCAAUAUCCUGUGUCGUUCCGUCCUCAAGUAUGAAGAUCACCAUUUUAAGAAGUGGUAUGAUUUGGGGCAUCCUGUUAUAUUGUGUACGGAUGAUUCGGGUACUUUUGAUACUUCUUUGUCUAAAGAAUAUCAGAUUGCUGUUAAGUCCUUUGGAAUGUCACGAGAUGAUUUGAAGAAGAUGAAUUUUGAUUGUAUUAGGUGGAUUUUCGACGAUGAUGUCAAAGAUCGAUUGUACGAAAUCUUUAAGAAUUGAACGUCGUGUUUUUAAAGUGUACAAUGGUAGCAAUUACUAGCAUAGCAUUGCUAAUAAUUUAUACUUUUAACGAUAAUUUGACUCCGAAUUUUGUAUAAUGUUCUUGAUUCUAGAAUUUACAGUUUAAAUAAUAAUUUUGAUCAA